CUGCUCAGCAGAACUAGUUAUUCCUCCAGCUAAUCUACAACAGUGCAGCUGCAACACCGGAAUCUUCCAUUCAACGUGGAAGAUUGCCUUGGUCUACUCGUUAUAUCAUUUAGAGUUAUCAUAUAAAUAAGGAAGAAAAGGGUCACUGAAAAGGGUGUCAAGGGAAGAAUGAUACUGCUGGGUGAUGGGUGGACUAAUCAAAUGUAUUGGAGUGGGAUUGCAGCCAUCUGAGUUAACUAACAGAAGAAUGAAGGGUCAGAAUAUAGUGUGAAAAAUCUCAGUUCUGCUUACAAAUCUCUGAGCUUCAAUCCAUUAAUUUCUUUUGUUUUUGGAUUUUAAAAGGAUGCUCCCAGGACUGGAGGACCUGUGUUAUAGGGGCAGAUUGACCAGGCAAAAUGAAUGCUACCGUUUACCAUCCGAUUCAAGCUAAAGAUCAAAAGUAUUCAUUGAGACCGUCAGCAGGAAAUGUGGCUAGUCGCAACUGUUUCUCUCUGACUAUAGUUAAACAGGAAGCAGAAGAAUUUGAAUGCAUGGUUUAAGGCAAAAGGAACAAUGCUUCACUGUUUCUGAGGAGCUUCUAACCUGUCAAGAUAUGGAGAUGAGAUCCUCCCGUCUUUACAGUAAACUUCUACCCUUAAUUCAACACAUGCUUCUUCUAUCUUGCAUGGCUAUUGCAGAUGGAACAGUGGAUUUAAAAAUUAUUCAGCACCCUCCAGAGGCCAAUGUUUCUGUGGGCAACCAGGUUGUGAUGAUGUGCUCCUGGAACAGCAGCCAAAUUGAGAGCGUCAGAGUGGAUUGGCUAAAGGAUGGCAUCAGUAUUUUUUCGAACAAAACAGGAAAUUACCAGGAUGGAAGGACAAAGUACAUUGUUGAAAUGAACAGCUCGAGCCUUACCAUUCAGAGUGUCUCACAGAAUGACUCUGCGUUCUACCUCUGCGAGGUAUUUGUGGAAAUUCCAUCAGUCAGAAAAGCAAGCGGAGAAGGGACGAUAUUACGAGUCAUUGAUAUCCCCACUAAGUCGGAUCUGGUCACCUGGAUUCUGGUAGCCAUCAGUCCCAUAAUACUGAUCGUGUUCAUAUCUUUGUGCUACUGCUUCUGGAGAGUGAAAUGCUCACAGCAGAAUGAUAGAUAUAUAUAUGAAAAUUCUACUGCAAAAAAGAGAGAAGCUGUUAAAGAGAAGGAGGAUAAAAGAUCCCAAUUUUAUGUUAACAGCACAGAGUUGAGACACUACUGUCAGAAAACCAAGGAUAAACCAGACAAUAUCUACAAAAAUAUCUCAGUUGCACAGUGGAGGAAACAUCAGACAAUGAAAGGAAUGCCAAAAAAAGAUCUUCCAUCAGUAAUAUAUCAGAAUAACGUCUGUCAUGGAAAACGUGAAUAUUAAAUAAUUGAGGACAUGAUCUAAACAUGUAUUGUGGAUUAUAUAUCUUGAAGAGUUUGUAAUGCCAGUUGAUGUACCAGUCAGGCAGCAUCAAGCUGAAACAAGCCAGUAAGUAGGAUACUGGGGUUUGCAGGUAGAAGCUAGAACAGAGAAGAAAAAGAAAAUAUGGAGUCAAAAUCUGAAUUCUGAAUCAGAUUUAUUAUCAUAUCUUAUAGAUGCUAAAUGUGUUGUUUUGGAUUUUAUAAAUUUGGCGGUGUUCACGGGUUCAGCUGCUUGAACCUACAACACUCUGUCGCCUCUUGCAAACCUCCAUACAAGUGGUGAUGCAGCCUGUCAGAAUGCUUUCCAUGGUACAUCUGUAGAGAUUUGCUAGAGUCUUUGGUGACAUACCAAAUCUCUUCAAACUCGUAAUGAAGUAGAGCCACCAGCAUACCUUCUGCUUACUGUAAUUGGUUCAAUGUUUGGGUCCAGGAUAGAUACUCGGCGUUAUUGACACCAAAGAACUUGAAGCUGCUCACCCUUUCCACAGCUGACCCUGCAAUGAAGACUGGUGUGUCUUCUCCAGAAUUCCCUUUCCUGAAGUUCAUGAUCGAUUCCUUGGCCUUGUUGACGUUGUGUACAAGGUUGGUGUCAUGACACCAACCAGCCGAUCUAUUUCACUCCUGUAUGCCUCCUCAUUGCCAUCUGAGAUUUUACCAACAACAGUGGUUUCACCUGUGAAUUUACAAAUGGUGUUUGAGCUGUACUUAUCCACGCAGAAAUGAAGGUCUUAUUAGAUUCAGAGCACAUGGAAACGUUUUACAUUGUAGUGAUGCAAUAGGCAUAAGAUGGCACUGAAGAAAGUUUUGUUAUAAAAAAUUUUAAUAUACCACCAGGAAACAAUAUCUACAGAUAUGCUUCCCAGUUAAGGAGCAUCACUUUUAUCUUGGACAGACACAGGUUGCAAAGUUCCUCAAAGCUUGUUUUAAAUACCAUUCAGCAUCAGGACAAUUGACAGAAGAAGGAAAACUGAGUCAUCGUUGAUGAUAAAGAGGGAGACCAACAGGAAUGGUGACCAGCAAUGAGCCUGUCUGAUGUGAUAUUUCAUUUUAACAUCCUCUGCACAGAACAGAAAGCAUGGCGGCUUGAGUUUGGUUCCACUCCUUAUGGUUGAUAGAUCUGAUUUUCUUUCACGCAAAAAUAGAACAAUACAGUAAGGAACAGGCCCUUUGGCCCACAAUGUCUUUGCUGACCAGGAAGUAAAUUAAACUAAUCAUUUGCCUGCACAUGGUGAACAGUAUAACAUCCUCCUUCUCCUGCCUAUUCAUGAGCCUGUGGCGACCCAUUUCCUAGCGUAUCCGAACCGACUCACAAUUAGAUAGCCUACGGGGGUUUGCGAGCACAGAGCUUUGGAGCCUCUGUGCCAUGGGGGGCCGGUUGACAGAGGCUUAAAAGUGAGGCUGAAGUUUUCGAAUAAAGUUUUUUCCUUCGACUGCAGUUACCGACUCCGUGUCGUAAUUUUAGCGCUGCGUGUAGCACACCGCUACAAGCCUGUCUAAAUGCCUUUCAAAUGCUGCUAUUGCA